GUUUGUAAAUUAAAAGCACAUCACAUUUUCAACUUUCUCUACGAAGUAUGCGAAUGUCGCAGGACUACAUAAGCGCAAAGAAGGACACAUAAUUGCACCAAAUUCAUACUACAUCGGUUCCUAAGGUACUUGUAAUAUAAAGUUAAAUACAAGAUGGUUGCAGUAAAAUCAGUUUGGCAGAAAGGGUUCCUGGAGUCUGGUGCGCCGAAAGAAGAACACUUCGAGAUCAAGGAAUCUGAGUUGAGUGGUGUAACUGCGGACAACCAGCCAGAGGAAGACGGCGCAGUGAUUGUGGAGGUUCGGUAUAUGUCAUGUGAUCCUUACAUGCGAGGAUUUUUGAAGUCGCAAGGCCGACCGGCAGAAGAAGGCAAGAAGAUUGUCAGCGCAUUCGUAUCCGGAAUCAUUCUCGCUUCACGCAAUGAAAACUGGAAAGUAAACGAUCUGUUCGGUGGGAGUCUGCCCCUGUCAACCGUACAAGUUGUACCAGCAAAGGCGGUAGCAGGCCUGUGGAAUCUUUCCCAAUACAUUGGAGAGGAGAGCCUAUCUCAGGGCAUUGGAGCACUUGGAAUGCCCGGCUCCACUGCGUACGGAGGUUUCAUCGAUGUGCUAGAGCCAAAGGAAGGCCAGACUAUCUUCGUGUCUGCUGCAAGUGGCGCCGUGGGUUCAAUUGUUGGCCAAAUCGCCAAGAACGUAUACAAGUGCACAACCGUUGGAUCGUGCGGUGGCCAGGCGAAGUGUGAGCACAUCAAAUCCGAUUUUGGCUACGACCAUGCCAUUGACUACAAAUCAAUCGAUCAGUCAGGAGCCGACAAAGGCGCUGCGGAGUUGAAGGCUAAGCUAAAGGAAGCUGUGCCCAUGGGAAUCGAUAUGUACUUUGAGAAUGUAGGGGGUAUCCAUUUCGACGCAGCCAUGAAUAGCCUCAGACCGAAGGGUCGUGUUGCCGUAUGUGGUGGUAUUUCGGGAUACAACGACAAAGAUGGUCCUAGGCAAGAGGUGGACAUUCUCAGUCUAAUCUACACAGCACAGCGUAUCGAGGGAUUCGUCUGCACUCCGUGGCUAACGGGUCAGCAAGGCAAUUUCUUGGGUGAUAUGUCCCAGUGGAUUAAGGAAGGAAAAGUCAAGGUUGAGGAAACUACUUACAACGGAGUGGAACAAUGGGCCACAGCGUUCAACAGUCUGUUCGAGAACACGCACAGAAACAAAGGAAAGGUAGUCGUCAAAGUUUAAUAGAUUAUAAACAUAUGACCUACUCCGAGAAUGUAGAGGAUAACAAAUAAAAUUAGUAUCACUUAACAAUUAACAACAUUUAUUUAUGAUAUUAGC